GGAGUUUAAGAAAGUAGAAAAGACGGAAUAUUGUGGUAGGAGGAAGAAAUUAUAGCUUCUUGAAUUGAGAAAUGGCUAGUUGAAUACUCUCUCCGUUUCAAUUUGUUUGUUUGCUUUUGACGUGACACGGAGUUUAAGAAAGUAGAAAAGACGGGAUAUUGUGGUAGGAGGAAGAAAUUAUAGCUUCUUAAUUGAGAAAUGGCUAGUUGAAUACUUUCUCCGUUUUAAUUUGUUUGUUUACUUCUGACUUGACACAGAGUUUAAGAAAGCAGAAAAGACGUAAUCUUGUGGUAGGAGGAAGAAAUUAUAGCUUCUUAAUUGAGAAAUGGCUAGUUUGAUGAUACUAGCUCCGUUUUUAUUUGUUUGUUUGCUUUUGACUUGACACAGAGUUUAAGAAAGUAGAAAAGACGGAAUCGUGUGGUCUUGAUAUAUGUUGAAUGUAAAAAUUGGUUCUUGAUUAAAAAUGCUACUUCCUCUUAGUGUUUUUGUUUUUGCUUAAGAUGUUCGUUUCAUCGUCUUGUUUUCUUGAUUAUUUUUUCUUGUUGUAAUUUACUUAGAGUUUUGUUUCCUUUAUUAUCUAGCAGUGUGUUAUAGUUUUGUUGUGUGCUUUUAUAUUUUUGUUUGUUAUACUGUUGUCUGUCAUGGCCCUUCCCCGGACCCUGGGCAUAGCGGGAGCUUUAGUGUACCGGGCAGACCUUUUUUUUAUACAGUUGUCUGUCAUGAGCCGGGGGUUCUAUCGGAAACAACCUAUCUACUUCAUCUGAGGUAGUGAUAUGGAUUGCGUACACUUUAACCCCACCGCCCCUCCUCAGACCCGACUUUGCGGGAAUACAUUGGGUAUGUUGUUGUAAUUUACUUGGAAUUAUGCAAUGUUGCUCCAACCAGGUAGGUGUUUAGAUUGGGUGGGGGGUAGGGGCAAGAAAUUGUUGCUUCUCGAUUGAGAAAUGUCUAGUUUAAUACUCUCUCCGUUUUAAUUUGUUUGUAUGGUUGUGAGUUGACACGGGGUUCAAGAAAGUAGAAAAAAUCGAAUCUUGUGGUCUUAAACUACAGAUAUGUUGAAAGCACCCAAGGGUGUGGCCUCGUACGCGAAAUCUGGCCUGGACCCCACGAUUAUAAAAAAAAGAUGGCUAGAGAUAUGUUAGAAUGUAUCAAAAUGAUCGUUGAUCUUGUGGUCCUAAACAUGUCAUGUGGAAAGUUAAGAAUUAACGGCUAGGUGAAUAGAGGUACUAGUGUUUGUGAGAGAUAAAAGGUUAGUCGUGCUAUUAAUUGAGGUCCGCUCAAGUAUUUCCUGGACUUCUUUGUUUUUUUUUUUCUUGAACCGAGGACCUAUCGGAAGUAGCCUCUCUACCUCCCAAGAUAGGGGUAGGGUCUGCUACACACUACCCUCACUAGACUGCACUUGUGGGAUUACACUGGAUAUGUUAUUGUUGUCGUUGUUGCUUGUAGUUGAUUAUGUAUGAGAAAUUGACUUCACUCUUUUAGAAUCGGAAGUAAUACGUUCACCUCGUGGCCAACUUAGCGUUGUCUGCAUUUGACCUUCAACUGUCUACGGCUCAAUUUUCUCAAGGCUUCUUUUCCUUCUGUUUCGUAUUAGUUUGGUUCCCAACUAUGAUUUUUAACAUAUGCCAUGUACAUCUCCUUCUUUUGUACUUAUACGGAAAAUGCUUUGACGGAAACUCGAUCUUUCGCUUUAUAUUAUCCCAAUCCCAAGGUAUUGUUGCUUACGCACACCACAGAACUCCGAUUAUUUUUGCCAUAUAGCUGCGUUACGUUUCAUCUAUUCGAAUAGAAUUCUUUCUAGAAGCUUGCCGACAUUAAAAUGCUUUUUGUGUGAGAAAUACUCGGAAGCGUGGUAUACAAUUUCUUGGAUGGUUUUUGUUCGUUCAGUAUGAGUUCGAGUGCAAUGCACAGUCCUCCUCCCCUCCAACCAACGCUAACGCAUACACACAAACUGAAAAAUGUUUGUGGUAGAUAUUCACCGUGCUUACAUUGUCCUGAGCCGGGGGCCUAUCGGAAACAACCUCUCUGCUUCAUCUGAGGUAGUGGUAUGGACUGCGUACACUUUACCAUCCGCAGACCCCACUUUGGGGGAAUACACUAAAAGUGGGGAUACACUGGAUCAGCUCCCUUCACCUGAGAUGGAUGCAUUGUCGAAACAGACGUUCUCUCGUCAAGUUGAUUUCUGUGCAACAAAGUCUUUAUCAUCGAUUAUGGAUAUCGUAGAUGAUUCUUCAAAGGUAACACAAUGCCAACAAUCAUCUAUUGUUCACCGUCGAAAUAUUGACCAGGCAAUGUGUUCAAAGCAUCCUCGUCGCUACUUUGGACUCCAUUAUACUCGACGGAGGUCUGCUACUAAUGCUGAGGGAUCAACUUCGCGUGGUGGAACGACGCCUUUUUGUGAUGUGAAAAGGUCCCUAACGCCAGCUAGUAAAUGCAACUCGGUUUCUGGACAUGACACAGAGAGUAAGCAGAGUGAACUUCACAAACCAGAUGCAGUCGACGCCGCGCCCAGUUUAUUGGCAACGAAUGCAACAUCUCACAACGUCAAGAAGCAGCUUUGCGGAUUAUGUCAGAAGCGUUUGAGAAAGAAACGUGAUAUACUCGAUAGCACCUUAUCAUCCAGCGAGCCCUCCGUUGUGGCGGUUUUAGUUUGUGGUCAUCUCUACCAUGCUGAUUGUUUGGAAGACAGAACACACCAUGAGGAUGCAACAGAUCCACCCUGUCCGAUUUGUCGUGGCAUCAACUGAGUAGGUUUGCCUUUGUACUUGAAUGUAGAUAAUCUUAGACGCGGAUCUAGGAUUUGAAUAGCUCUGAGUUGCGUAGACAUGUAUACGUAUAUGUCUUAAAAUCUCGAUACAAUGUACUACAACAUACGCGUUUCAUCAUUUGGAUACCAGAUGUAUUUUGGGGGAAAUGUAGCUGACAAGAGGCAUCAAGAAUCAGUUUUUAAGUGUUUGUAGAAACUUUUCAAUGUUUUCUUGCUCUUGUAAAUAUUUGUAUUGUGUUCUAAGUAUAGCUAGAAGUAAGAUAGAUUGAUGCAUGUUGGAUUGAUGUAUUAUACUAAUUAAAUCCAUAUUUAGCAGCACCAGGAUUUUCACCAA